UAUUAACUUCAGCCUCUUCUGUUCAUAUUAUUUUGCCUCAUCUGUCUGCUCGGCAGCUCGGAAUAACAGGCUCAAAUGGUGGCAUCGACUAAAUCCAUGAGAUGCUAUGCGAAUACAGCAAGUAGUGGUGGGGGUGAUAUGGUGGUGAGAUCCCGGUUUUCACAUUUUGUUCAGUCUCAUUUUUCGGUACGUAACAUUUUGUCUAUCUUCUUCAUGGUUAUGUUGGAUUUUGGUAUACAUGCCAUGGAGCCUAAUUUUCUACUUCAAUUCUAGGGUGUGUCAGAGCAGUUGGCUGAUGUACUUAUUCGGGUGUUCAUAUCUGAAGUGAUUAUCAAGGUAAAUCUACUUGCGCUCUUUUUUCGGUAGCUCUUUGGUUGUCUCCUUCCUUCAAGUUUUAUUCAUUUGUGGGGGGUUUUGCGUCAGCAGCAUCUGAUUGUUGUAGAGCUACUCUGUAGCAUCAGUAGCGAAGGAUGCGUGGUGCUGGUCAAAUGAGCUUUACCUUGGUGAAUUUGAACAACUGAGGUCAUGCAACCUGUACCCAGCGUCGAAGUUGAUCAACAACCAAUCCGGCCAAGAUUGAUGGCGGAGUGGAAACCCAACUUCACUAAUUCCAAAUUACAAUUCGAGGGUCAACCAAACAACUCGGAGACUUCGCAGCAGGUCUAUCUGACAACAUGGCUUUGCAAGGUGAAUGUGGACAGCCCAGGGUGGAUGAAAUUUUUACCAUAGUCGGAGAAGAGAUGCACGUCAAACGUUGAUCAGCCAGAAUGAAGCUUUUGCUUGGCAGAUGAGAACAAGUGGUAGGGGAGAGAAUCUCUGUAUAUCUCAUUCUUAAGUUUUAUCCGCCUGCAGUUUGCUACUUAAAACUGAGGCUUUGCAGAUUAUAUACAUUUGGCAUUGCAGGCCUUGUACAAACGAUCCAACAAGCGAACAAAACAUUCAUUAGCUCCACUUGUCCGAUGGUGAAGCAAGCAACACUGACACCAACUUGAGCAAGACCGUAUAAACAAGGGAGAAGGGGAAAAAGAACACAACAGUAAUCUGCAGCCGAUCAGUGAGACUGAGAUUAUGAGUCCCCUACAGUUUCCAUCAGCUGUUACAGCACAUGAUCACAGUAGCCUUAAACGACAUGUAACAGCCGAAAUGACAAGAAUUCACUACCACCCAUCAGAACCGAACCCAUGGUAAUGAUACGCAAAUACUAACAAGCACAUUAUUAAUAUCUCAAGACUUGAGCAGACUAACUUAGCCAGCAAAAUCCAGCAAUUUCUUCUCUACAUUCACAGGGAAGAGAAAGAACCCUUUUGACAUGAAGCUUUUAAAGCGCUUCACUAUGCUACUUGCUAGAUGUAGCGUCUGGAUCAUCUCUAUUAUCUUCUUCUCCGCACUAGGCUAAAAGCCAAACUGUCAAACUACACAUCCCAACAGUCCGCCAAAAUAUGAAGGCGAACCACAGUUCCCUAUUAUACAGAUCAGAGUGACAUGAACAGCCUAGAUUAAUUAGUACAAAUCUAACAGCCUCCAUCUCUUAUGAGGAGACAAUCUACUAUCUGCUUCCUACAUUCCCAACCAUGUUCUAUGUCACAGAAUGCUAUGAGUUGCAGUCAGAGAAGAAGAGAAGAGGCAAGAGAAGAAAACUAAUAAAUUAAAUAAAUAAAUAAAUAUCAAAGUGAAAGACAUUGUACCCUGUCAGGGAUAUUCCUAGGGAAGGGAAGCGCAGUAACAUAUCUUUGAAGAAAAGCCUUCUGUGCAUUAGAAGCGCUACCCGAGGAUGAAGUGUCUACUAAUCCACCUGCUGUUUGACCUGGACCAUGGAACUUAGCAAACCGAUUGAUGACAGAGAACUUCUCUAAAUCUUCACAUUCUACUCUCAAGUCUAACACAGACAUGCUCCUAUCCAAUCUGUUGCCACAAUAACGAAAACCAUAAGAUGUCAGGCAUAAACGCUCGGUCUCACCCACACUGCACCACUCCACCAGCACAGAAAUGGAGAACUGGGAACCUCAAGACAACUGGAGGAAUGACAGCAAUGUAGUCAAAAUCGGGCUUUAAAACUUCAAAACUUACGAUUUUACGUUUCUAGGUCACUAAAAUGCUUCUACACAAAAUCUCAGUUUCUAUAACUUAUGUAGUUAAAAACUCCGCUUUAAAACUUAAAAACUUACGAUUUUACGCUUCUAGAUCACCAAAACGUUUCUACGUAGAAACUCGCUUUUGACUACAUUAUUGACAGCAAGUAAGACCUAAGAUGCAAGGAUGGCCAUGGAAAACAGCCCGAAAUUGCUGACACUAAAAUGACUAAUAAAUUCAAAAUCUGAUA